GGGGAGGAGGCGAUGGAGCAGGUGGUGGGCGCCCCCCCCCCCCCCCCGGCAGGCCCAAGCCCCAGGAAGUGUCGCAAAACAUCAGAGCCCCGGUACAACUAGAUACACUGUAACCGUCGAUGGACGCAUGCGCACCUCGGCCUGCCCCCAUCCCCAGGAGUUGUUGCAAAAACCAUAGCCCGUGUACAGCUAGACACAUUGUAAGCCUUUCUAGGCGUCAGAAGGAAGGGGAAGGAGGUUGGCCGCCAUCUUGGCGCUUUCUGUGUCCCAGGAAUCUGAGGAGAGCCCAGCGCAGAAUCUGCAGACGCACACAGCCUCCUCGAGUGCGCACUCAGGACAUGGAGCCUCUGCCCCCGUGCCGCCGCGAAUUUGCCCGCUUUCGCAGACGGGAAGCCGAGGACGACCGCGAAGAGCUGCGUGAAGCGAGGCCUGCGGAAGGCGGAGAGCAAGAAGGCGGCGGCGGCGACCAUGGCGGCCAAGCCCCUGGCCUGGUGGAGGUGCGAAACCUCGAGGCCGUUGGCACUGGCAGCCGUGAAGCUAGAGAGCCUGGAGAGGCGGGGCAGGAGGAGCAGCCCGCGCAGGCCGCCAUCGGGGAUCCAGAGCCCAGAGAAGAGCCGCAGCGGGCCCAGCGUCACCCCUGCACGUACUCCCAACUGCUGCUAAUGGAGUACGUUUUCCAGCACACUGGCUAUCCCAGCACGGCCCUGCGACAGGAACUUGCAGGAAUCGUGGAUGUGUCUGAAGCCACAGUGCAGGUUUGGUUCAGGAGGAGGAGGGCCAUUUGGAGAAGACAACAGAGGCCAUUAAGGUUUAGAUUGCCGCAGCCCGUGCUGCUCGGCCGCACCGUGGUCUUAACCUUGUUCGGACUGUGCGAUGCCUCCAUUCUUCAAGAGCUGGAUGUCAUAUGGGUUCUUCCGGAGCCAGGACCACCGGGGCAGCCUCUGCUGAACCUGCGGGACUUUCCUCCUCUUGUCUUGCCUGUUCUGCCCUGGUUGCUCCCACGUAGGCUUCCCCGUGCCUGGCCUUAGGGGGCAAGGCCUGGUGCCUUACCAUCUGUGUUCUUUUUGAAGUCCCCAUUUUCUCAGGAAUGAUCUGUGUGGCACUGCGUGCUUUUGAGCCACAUUCGCACUCAUAUCUCACCAUCAAGCAUCAUUCCCCAAAUGCCCGCUGAAGUUUCAGCAGCCCAAAGUUCUUGCCCCUCUGUUUUAGGGCAUGUUUUUGUAUUUU